UUUACAUAUUAAACAAUCACCAAGUUAAAUUCAAAGAAAUUUCAGAAUAUCUGCAUAAAAAUGGAAUUUAUUUGACUCAACAACGCUUUCUCAUACUUCAGGGUGAAGUAGAAUCCAUAGCCUUAAUGAAACCCAAAGGCAGAAAUGAAAAUGACACAGGACUACUGGAAUUUCUGGAAGAUAUCAUAGGAACAUCAAGAUUUAAGGUACCUAUUAUGCAGCUCCAGAAGAAAGUUGAGGAGCUCAAAGAAGAGGAAGAAGUAAAAGUGGAAAGCUAUAAAAAUGUUCUGAAAGACAAACAGCAGCUGGAGGGCCCUAAAAAUGAAGUAUUGAACUAUAUGAAAGCUGAAAAUGAGAUUGCAAAAUUAAGAAAUGAGCUGAUGCAAAAGUACAUAAAAGAUAACCAAGAGUUAAUUGAUAACAAAGAACAAGAGAAGUCUGAACUUCAGAGACUGCUAAGAGAGAAACUGUCAGAAGUAGAAAUCAUUCAAAAAGAAAAAAAGAAAUUACUUGAUAAUAUUCAUGAAUUAAAUCAAGAGAGAGAUCAGCAGGUAAUGAAGAAAGACAAGUUGAACCAAAAGUCUGGAAGUUAUAAUAAUGAAGGUACUGGCCUGAAAGCAGAGGCUGAAGCAGCUGCAGAGAAGCAGGCAAGAAUGAAUGAAUUGCUGCAAGAUGAGAAAAAACAGCUAUCAGAUUAUGAAGAGCUGUAUGAGAAAUAUCAAGGGCAGUUGAUGAAGUUUAAGGAUGAAGAAAUUCAGAUUAAUAGUGACUGUAUUCAACUUGAUGCUCAACUGAAGGAAGCUCUGGAACACGUUAAGGAAGAUGUUGCUAACCUAUGUGAGGAAAAGGAUUCUCUCCAGUACAAGCUCACUAAAAUUCAGGAAGUUGUUGAUGGAAAGAAAUCACAGUAUGAAGUAGCAAAAUCUGAGUUAGAAGUAUAUGUUCUUCCUGAAAGGACAGAAAAAGAGAAGUUGAAGCUUUUGAUUCAGAAUCUCAAGAAAAUGACUGAACGUCUCUUAAAAACAAAGGAGGAAAAACAACAAAUGCUGGAAAGAUUCCCUGUUGUGGAAAAGGAUUUAAUGCUGGCCAAAGAUGAAAAGAAACAACUGGCACAUGAAGAGGAAAUAUGUUCAAAACAACUGCAUGUUAUUCGAAUGAAAUUACACGAAGCUCAUCAGACAAUGAGAAAAUCAGUUUCAAGUAAUAAAGUUGUUGAAUAUUUGACGAACUGCAAGUUGGAGAAUAAGUUACCAGGUUUCUUUGGAAGAUUGGGAGACCUUGGUGCCAUAGACGAGAUGUACGAUGUGGCAGUUUCAACAGCCUGUGGUUAUUUAAACCACAUGGUAGUUGAUACAGUGAAAACAGCACAGGAAAGCAUAGAGCUGUUGCGUCAGUCAAACAUCGGCCAGGCAUCAUUCAUUGCUCUUGAAUACCAACAAAAGUAUCAUUCACCCUGUUAUACUCGGCCAGAAACGCCUGAGAAUGCACCACGGUUAAUUGACUUAAUCAAAUUAGCAGAUGAGAGAGUUCGUGUGGCAUUUUACUUUGCUCUACGUAACACACUUGUUGCAAAUGAUGUAGCACAAGCAACGAGAGUUGCUUUUUCUGGAGGAAAUCGUUACAGAGUAGUUACUUUACAAGGACACAUCAUUGAAGCUACAGGUGAAAUGACAGGUGGUGGCCAUACUGUGAAAAAAGGUCUAAUGAGUCAAAAAGUACCUGAAGCUCCAGUUACUCAGAAAACUGUGGAGGACCUUGGAAAAAAGAUGCAAGAAUGCCAGAAAAAACUUGAACAGUUUGCUAAGAAAAUUCAUGAGAUUGACCAAAAAAUGUGUUUCCUUACACCAGAGAUAAAUAAUAUGAAAACCAAAACACAAAAGUUGGAAACUGAAAUUAUGACACUUCAGAGAGAAUACCCAAAACUUGAGCAUGAAGUAAAGAAUCAGGAAAAGAGAGUGUUAGAAGUUAUAGUUGAUCCAGCAAAAGUUGCAGCUCUCACAUUGGUCUUGGAGAAAGCCAAAAAAGAUUAUGAUGAUGCAAUGCAAAAGGCCCAGGAAGUGAGUUCAGAGGUGAACUGCUUAAGUAAUGAAAUAGAGGAUAAGAUUAACAAUAGAGUUGGCUUAAUUAAGAAAAAUGUAGAAAAACACAAAAAGAAACUAUCAAGCAAGUGCUAUGAAAUAACAAAAACAAAAGCUGAUAUUAAAAGAGCUGAAAGAUUUACAGAUGAAUUUGGUAUAGUUGCUCACCCAUUUGUUCAGGGUGUCAUACCAAAAAUAGCACUACUGCAGCAACAGACAGAAAUUAAACAUGAUUACCAGAUUUGGGAAUAUUAUGAAGAGUAA